AUGUCUGAAGACCACGAUUCCGAUCUUAUUAGCCACUUAUCAUGUGAUCAUAUUACGAAGAAUGAGGAUUCAUUUGAUUCUUCAGGUAGUGAUAUUUACACUGUUCCACGGUUUUCAACCCUUUCAUUGUGUAUAAUCUGGGUAUUAGGAUUAAUUCUUUCUCUCAUGUUUGGUGUUCUGGCCGAUGUUUUUCAAGAUGGUGCACCUGCUUUUCCUCUUAUACCGGUAACCCAUCUUGCAGUUGGCCUUAAUGGACUUUGUGCAUUUUUAUCCAUUCCAUUGGGCUUCAAUUUGUGGAAUGGUUACAGUAUAUACCAACCUUUUGCUGGAGGAGAGAAGUAUGUUAUUCUUCAAAGUUGUGGAUGGACACUUGUUGCGAGUUGCUCAACUCUUAUGCUGGUUUAUCUUCUUAUGUUACACCCACCUGGGUAUAGAUAUGGGGCACUUACUAUUCUGCAGAUAUUUUCAUCAUUAGGUAAUGUUUUAUUAGGCCUAUCACUUCGUUUUUUUUCACCAGCGGAAGCAAGAAGAAGAGCGAGUCGUGUUUUUGAGGAAAUUGCACAAGGAAAACGUUGUAAGUCCUCUCUCCUUAAUUCAAUGCUUCAAAGUCCAAAUUCUGAGUCUGGAUUAGUUGUUAUUUUCCUUCUUUCCCAGAUUAUACUGUGUUACUUUGGGGCAAUGUUUCAAGAUGCUUCAGGACCAAUUAUGAUUAUAUUUACUGUAUUUCAUUUAAUGAAUGCCAUUCUCAUUUAUUUGGUUUUAUCAUGGGAACAAAGGGCAGGUCACAAGAUUUUCAGAAGUUUCUCAGAAACACUGUACUUUUUUUUCUCCCUAGUAAUAUAUUUAUCUGGAUUUUCAGGUGGAAUCGUUCUUAUACGGAUAGGUAAUAUAGUUCCACCAUUCGCUUUCGGUAUGACAGCACUUUCUUCAUUUUUUGGAGUCUCUUCAAUGCUAGCUUUGGCACGUACAUCACAUUCAGAAGAAAAGAAACAACCUUUAUCAUCCGUUGUAGCGAGAUAUGGUCGUUGUUUUCUUUCAGCAGGAACUGUUUUAAUGGCAUGUAUUGUAUUGGGAAGUAUACAUUAUAUAAGGAAAUAUAGAGCUUAUUAUGAUCAGACUGAAAAAGGAAAAGUUUGGAUUGACGGUGUGCUUCUUUCUCAAACAAUUUCUUUGAUUCUUCUUCUUCUUUUAACACUUGCAACACAAUUAACUGGUCGUAUGAUUUAUGGCGAAAGUUUUGGUUUUUUUCAACCCUUUUGUGGAUGCAAAAAGUUUGUUGUAUUACAAGCUUUUGGAUGGGCAUUUUUUAGUGCUUCUAUACUAUCUCUUACUAUGCAUAUGACUGCCAAAAAUUUUCGUUGGGCUCUUUUUGCAACAACCACAGGUGUGAUGGGACACUUAUUUAUUCAAUUAUCUAUUGAAGCUUUUGCAGUUGGUUGCACUAUAGUAGGUGAAACAUUACUAGAUAAUCAAAAGAAAGAAGAUGUUUAUGGGUAUAAUAAAAAGAAAAAUAUCUUUAAUGGAGCCUUAAUACUUAGUUUAAUCAUACAAUUGGUUUCCAUUAUUCUUCGAGUUGUGAUUGACAUUUCUCAAAUACAGAUGAUUAAAUCUCAUCCCUUGAAUAAAAAUGUGUUAUUGAGUUUUUCAUCACUUGGUUUCUUGGUUAGUGUACCUAUGGCCCAUUUUUCUGGUAAAGAGGAAGGUAUUCCUUUAUUUCAUCCUUUUCAGGGAAGUGGUACAUAUAUUGCUUUACAAGCACUGGGAUGGGCUACAUAUACUCUUUUUGCACUUCAAUCGAUUGGGAUUAUCUUUUUUUCUAUGAAUAAUACCAAUCCGCCUUUUUUUCUACAAAAUCACCAUCCUUUUAUGGGGUAUACAUUAGAGGGAUUACUGCAAAUGGCACCACUUGUGUUAAUCGCACUUUCCGUUGCUGUAGAAGCUCCUCUAGCGGCUUUACGACAACGUCGACAUGAUAAAGUGAUGGAAUCAUUAAAUCUUCUUAGGGCAACUCUGGAAGAAAAUUUUUCUCAUCGUGAUUUAAGGGAACAGGUAGCACUACAGUUUGCUUUACGAACCCUCGCUUCUGCAAGUCUCUCUCCACAGGGUAUACGGUGUAAUAAAAAAAAUUUUCAACUUGGAAAUAAAGAUUUAACCUCUAAGGAAACAAUAGCGGAACUAAAUUCAAGAGAAAAAAUGUCAGAAGGAAAAGAAAAAGAAGAAAGAGAAAUACAUUUUUCAGAAUAUGAAGAAGAUGAUGAUGAUAAUUUAUCAGUUCUCGCAAAUUUAUCAAAACCCCAACAUGGAGCUGCAAGUUUACUUGUAUUAAUGUUUUGUAUUGCUUCUGGAGUUGGUUAUAUUGUUGCCGCACUUUGGGAUACUACUGUUCCAUUAAUAGGUCUUGUUUUUUCUGUCUCUGGAUUGGGAAUUUGCACAAUAUCAUGUGUUAGUGUGCAAACCGUGUAUGGAGUAUUAAUGCAUGGUACUAAUGGAGAAUAUACUUUCUUUAUGCCUUUUAAAGGUGGAACCGUUUUUGUAACAUUACAAAUUGCUGGUUGGUCAUGUUAUGCCUUUACAUUUAUUCUUACACUUAUGCACACUUUGGAAAAUGAAAGGGGUCAUUUUUUACUACCUACGGCUGCUUUGUUUUCUGUUUUUAGUCAAUUGCUCAUUCUUGCAUCUAUUCCCAAAUUUGAUGCACGACGACGAAGAAAAACUUAUCUAGAAGAGAAUGGAGAAGGUGUUGUGGCAAUGUUGGUGUUUUUGGGAGCUUUUCUUUUUGCGCAUUUGUAUAUACAUGUACAGAGAAUGUUUUUUGCAGAAAAUGAUGAAUUAUCAACCGCUGGUGGGGACUAUUAUACUGGAGUACCAUCAAAACGACUAAAGGUUCCAUUUUUUAUUAUUGCUUUCAGUUUAGUUUCAGCGGUGCCAUGUUUGUUGAUAACACUUCGUCGCUCUACCAAACGAUGGGGUCGAGUGGCAAAAUCACCACAAAGGGAUCUAAACAACGAGGAUGAGAGUCAAUGGGAACGACAUAAGUCAGUUAUAGCUCAGAUAUUUGUACAGGUGUCCGAAGUUAUGAUGUUACUACUUGGUAUGAGUACACCUAUGGCUCUUGGUUUUCUUUGGUAUUAUAUUGCCCAUAGUGAGAAGCAGGGAUUAUUUCGUAUCUUACAGUUUUGGUUCCCAGUGAUAUUAUUAAGUGGCGUUCUUGCUUCUAUAAUUUCAUUUAUUCCACAAGCAUUACAUGUUGGUUUGGGAACGCAAAUUGUUAACAUAAGAUGUUGUAUUGUGACCUUUGCACUUUAUUCAAUGCCAUUAAUUUGUGGUAUUAUAUUAUUUUCACCACUCGUAUUAUUACCAUUUUAUUCUGUAGGAGCAUACUUUACUGCAUUCAUAACUCCUACAUUAGCAGUAUUAGGAAGUUUCAAACAAGUUCGUAUGGUGUUGCGUUUUUCUGUCUAUGCUGUCCUUGGAUAUGUAACCUAUGUUGAGUAUCUUCGUGUAGUUGAGAAUAAUACAAUACGUUUUGCAAUGACCACACUUAUUUGUUAUUUGAUAGAUGUUUUACAAUUAUCCUUUUGGUUAUGGUAUCUUCCUUUUUAUGAGGGUAAUCCUGAGGAAACUGGAUCGCGGCGAAAUUUAGCGUUUACAAAUUGGGUAAGGAAAUAUCUGUUUAGUGAUGCUGAGAGAUAUUUUAAUUUUCGUGUUUUUCGUGAUGAUGAAACUGUAGACCUGCGUGAUAGUAGUAAUCAGUAUAUAUUCUCUUUUCAUCCUCAUGGUGUUUUUCCAGGUACGGCACUCUUUUGCUAUUUCACUGAAAAAUGGAGACGUUCAAUUGGGUGGAAUACGAAUACGUAUCUUGCUACACAUGUCGCAACUGUUAUCUUUAAUAUCCCACUAAUGCGUGAGUUUAAUCUUUCUCUUGGAGUUCUUGCUGUAACCCGUACGGCGAUUCUCUCUAAUCUUUCUAGAGGAAACAGUUCACUUAUUGUGACUGGUGGUCAGGCGGAGUUGGUGCUUACAAAACGCAGUAAUACUUUAAUGUCACUCGUUGCCUAUCAUCAGGGUUUUAUUAAACUCUCCAUAAAAGAAAGAGUCCCAUUAGUACCAAUGCUGUGCUUUGCUGAACAGAAUGUAUUAGAUGUUACGAAAUUUCCCCGUAUUCAACGGAUAGCACUAAAGUUUCUUGGUUUUCCAUUUCCUAUGCUUCCAUUUGGACGGUGGUUAUUCCCACUCCCACAUCCUACACCACUCACACUGGUUGUGGGAUCACCUCUACAAAUUCCAACGGGUGCGGAUGUAAAUAAUCCAGAAGAUGUAUCUGCACUAGCUGAUGCAUACUUUGCUUCACUCAAAGAACUCUUUUACAAGUAUCGUGCUAAAGCAGGUUAUCCCGAUAUGGAACUUGCUCUGCAUACGAAGCCAAAGAAAAAAUAA